AUGUCGCCUCACUGUCCCUCAUGCCGAUGCAUGAAGCACGACCUUAGUCCACCAGAGACACUGUCUCAACAAGGCACUGUGCCCGCGGUGAAGAUUCUUGAUGACCGUAUCAAGUGUCUUGUCAAUGAAUUAUGCCAGCUUCGCCGCCAACGGAACACCCUGCAACCUAUCAGUCGCCUACCUCCCGAAGUUCUUCUCCGAAUCUUCGUUGACGUACGGAAGGCCACCGAGCGAUUGAGUCCCCAGUGGAUCAAGUUAACGCACGUCUGCUCCUUCUGGCGUGAUGUAGCAUUGUCGAGCGCCAUCCUUUGGAACUCGCCCGAUCUGCUGUACCCAGAAUUGGCAGAGGAGACGGUACGACGCUCCCGAGGCACUACCCUUCGUAUUAUGCACUCGAAAAAGAAGGUCUUCAACCCCCCGCGCCUCCUGGGUAUAUCUUCUUUAGAGACAUCGGCGCCAAUUACCUCGAUUGACCUAACUGGCGUUGAAGGACGCGACAUAGCGAUAUUACUCAACGCUCGCCAUGGUCAGUUAUCGCAACUGAGAGAGAUCGCCGUCGAAGUCACUGGCGCAACGGAAGCGCAGCUUCACAAUGUCCUGACCGAUGACUAUCCCUGUCUCCAAUCCAUCCAGCUGCGUCGAUGCCACCUCGAAUGGACGUCCGCGCUUGUGAACACCACCACAUGCCUGCACACGAUUGACGUUCAUUCACCCCACCGUGGUAUCUUGGGUCGAAAGCCAUUCUCUUCCGUCCUGACUGUAUUGCAACUGCAAACACGCCUGGUUCAUCUCGACCUGGAGCUGACCCUCCCCUCCUUGCGGGGCGAGGACCUCGAAAAUGGUUCCUCACCAACAAUUUCCCUUCCGAAGCUCAAACACCUUAGGAUCCACGACCUACUGCGAGAGACCCAUCAUCUAUUCACCCGCCUCCGACUAUCCCCGUCAUGUUGUGUGACCGUGAGCAUUGCGCAAAGCGAAGAUGACUACUCGGCCUCGUCUCCUCUGUUGCCGCUCACGGAAUCCGUCUUAGCUCACGCACAUACGUUUUCGCCAUCCACGCUGGCGAUGCUCCUUGGGCCCCCUUUCAUGCUCGUUUGCGUAGGAACACCACGGGCGGGAGAGAAACGGCCGUUGCUCUCCUUCAGGUGGCCCUCCGUGAUUCAUCCCCAGAGCCAACGAGCCGCACACGCCCUCCUGAUUUCACUCGGUCCUGUGAUCGGCGCCCUCCCCGUCUCAGAGCUCUCCAUCACCUUCGACCAUUCUUCCUCUCGAAUUACGUACGGGGACUGGCGACAGCUGCUGGUCGGUUUCGAAGGCUUGCGAAGUGUUCGCCUGGAGACCAGAGGCCGACUCCCGGUCCACUUCCUGCAAGUCCUGGCAGAUUACGACGAAAACACGCCCCGUCUGCUUCCCCACAUGCAAAACCUCGUAUUGACCGAUCUGGAGCUCGGCAAGUACAACGCACUGCACGCUAUACAGGGCAUCCUCCCCGCCUUGACGCGGCGUUGCCAAGACGGCGUGUUCAGGGCAUUAUGCUUCAGUGAGGUUCCGGGAGAAGCGAACGAGGGGAUUCGAACUCUGAUGGAAGGCGUGGCUCCGCUUGUUGUGUGGGGCGGCGACGUGGAAAAGUGGUAG